CCCCCUUAUUCAGCAGAGGUCCUUCCUUCAGAGCCCUGAGCCACUGGAGCUAGAACUAGCCACCGUCAUGGAGCAGGAGGGGAGUGAGGCUGGAACCGAGGCCCAGCAAGGAGAGCCUGAGGCUGGGGAGAGUGCUGCAGGGCCUGGGCCUGGACCUGGAGGAAGCCCACUAAGGACCACCAUCACCGGGACGAGGUCAGAGUUUGUACUGAGCCAGCCUGGCCGGUGGGACAUCCCUAAUGGUUUUCAUACAGACACCCAGGGAGGAGUGGAGGGCUCUGGAGCCAUACCCAACUCAAUGAGUGAUGCCAACCUCCUCACGGACGUGCUGUCGGACUCAGAGUCGGAGCUGGGCGGCCUGGAGCAGCUGGAGAGAAGCAGCACGGAAACCCUGGCCAACGGUUGCCGUGCCGACUGCGACGCCGCCAAACGCCUGGCCAAGCGUCUGUUCUACCUGGAGGGCUUCAGACGCUGCGACGUGGCACGCCACCUGGGCAAGAAUAACGACUUCAGCCAGCUGGUGGCGUCAGAGUUCAGCUUCUUUGACUUCUCUGGCCUGUCAUUGGACAAGGCCCUGAGGAACUUCCUGAAAGCCUUUCCUCUGAUGGGUGAGACCCAGGAGAGAGAGAGAAUCCUGGUCCACUUCUCUAAGAGGUUCUGUGUCUGCAACCCCACAGCCCUCGCCCCCGAUGGCAAGGACAGAUCCAAACGGGAUGAUGAUGAUGAUGAAGAAGAUGAUGACGGAGCCCAUACGUUAACCUGCGCCUUAAUGCUGCUCAACACUGAUCUACAUGGACACAACAUUGGGAAGAAGAUGUCUUGCCAGCAGUUCAUCAGUAAUCUGGAUGGCCUAAACGAUGGCAAGGACUUCCCUAAAGACCUGUUAAAGGUGCUGUAUAAUUCAAUAAAGAACGAGAAACUUGAAUGGGCAAUUGAGGAAGAGGAGUUCAGGAAGAGUCUAUCGGAGCUGGUGGAGGAGCAGUAUGAGGGAGGGGGGAAGAGGGGGGUUGCCAGGGUAACGGAUGGCAAUAACCCUUUCAUCGCCAUCCCCAUCCUACCCAACGCUGUCACCUAUAAACAUGGUGUCCUGUCCCGCAAGAGCCACGCAGACAUGGACGGCAAACGCACCCCACGAGGACGACGAGGCUGGAAGAAGUUCUAUGCGGUUCUAAAGGGGAUGAUCCUUUAUCUACAGAAGGAUGAGUAUAAGGCUGAUGCAGAGCUGUGUGAGGGGGACCUAAAAAACGCUGUGCGUAUCCACCAUGCGUUAGCCACCCGCGCUACAGACUACAGCAAGAGACCCAACGUCCUCAAACUAAAGACCUCUGACUGGAGAGUGUUCCUGCUGCAGGCACCGAGUGAAGAGGAGAUGAUGUCGUGGAUAUUCCGUAUUAACCUGGUAGCAGCUCUGUUCUCCGCCCCCGCCUUCCCUGCUGCCAUUGGCUCCAUGAAGACGUUCUGUAGACCUCUACUGCCCUCCUCCUCUACCCGGCUAAACCAGGAGGAUCAGCUGCAGUCCCACGAGGGGAAGCUGAAGCAGAUGAGUGUGGAGGUGGAAGAGCACAGGAAGAACCCUCCCUCGCCUUCUCCCAAGAGCAGAGAGUGGGAGGAGUAUCGAAUCAAAGAGCACUAUCUCAUAUAUGAGAAGAGUCGGUACGAGACGUAUAUCAACCUUCUCCAGGCCAAGAUGAGGGCAGAGACAGACGACCUGGAGAAGAUAGAGGCUAGCGUGAUGAGCGGGAUUGGGGAGGGCCGAGGGGGGCGCGAGGGAUACCUCCGGAAGACCCAGUCCUCUCCUUCCAUCAGCCAGCACGAUGUCAAUCGCAGGGCCUCUGGACGCACUGGCCCGGGCCAGCAGAGUUGAGAGGAGAACCCCCUAAAAAAUAUAAUGCACCCCUCGUAACUCUGUCCUCUGAGCCAGAGGGCUCUCCCCUACAAACGCCUGAGAACUGGACCCCCAAAUCCUCCCUCCUUCCUAUUUCAUUGCACAGUAAAGCGGUAAUAAUUGUUCCAACUAUACAGUAUUAAUGGUGUUAUUUAACCAACAGCUAAUUGUCUCUGGCAGUGCUUAUAAGAACACUUAUAAUGGAGAACAUGAAGAUGUGGAAAAAAGAACGAAAGAGGAGAGAGGACUUACCGGCAUAAAGGAAGUGUGGAGUGGAGUUUUUUGGUUUGAGGAGGUGGAUGGUGGAUUUCAGGGUGGAGUGGUACAGUAGCAUAGUACUAGGGCGACAAGUAGCCUAGCAGUUAAGAGAUUUGGGCCAGUAACCAUCACUGUUUUGAAUCCCGAGCAGACUAGGUGAAAAAUCUGUUAAUGUGCCCUAGAGCAAGGCACUUAACCCACAAUUGCUCCUGUAAGUCGCUCUGCAUAAGAGCAUCUGCUAAAUGACUAAAAUGUCAAAUGUACACUACCGUUCAAAAGUUUGGGGUCACUUAGAAAUGUCCUUGUUUUUGAAAGAGAAGCAAAUUUUUUGUCCAUUAAAAUAACAUCAAAUUCAUCAGAAAUACAGUGUAGGCAUUUUUAACGUUGUAAAUAGCUAUUGUAGCUGGAAACAGAUUUUUUUUAAUGGAAUAUCUACAUAGGCGUAUUCCAAUGGCACGUUGUGUUAGCUAAUCGCAGUUUAACAUUUUAAAAGGCAUUAGAAAACCCUUUUGCAAUUAUGUUAGCACAGCUGAAAACUGUUGUUCUGAUUAAAGAAGCAAUAAAACUGGCCGCCUUUAGACUAGUUGAGUAUCUGGAGCAUCAGCAUUUGUGGGUUCAAUUACAGGCUCAAAAUGACCAGAAACAAAGCUCUUUCUUUGGAAACUCGUCAGUCUAUUCUUGUUCUGAGAAAUUAAGGAUAUUCCAUGCGAGAAAUUGCCAAGAAACUGAAGGUCUCGUACAACGCUGUGUACUACUCCCUUCACAGAACAGCACAAACUGGCUCUAAUCAGUAGAAAGAGGAGUGGGAGGCCUCGGUGCACAACUCUCAACGUCAACAGUUAAGAGUUGCAAAGAAAAAUACAUAUCUCAGCCUGGCCAAUAAAAAUAAAAGAUUAAGAUGGGCAAAAGAACACAGACACUGGACAGAGGAAGAUUGGAAAAAAGUGUUAUGGACAGACGAAUCUAAGUUUGAAGUGUUCGGAUCACAAAGAAGGACAUUCGUGAGAUGCAGAAAAAUUGAAAAGAUGCUGGAGGAGUGCUUGACGCCAUCUGUCAAGCAUGGUGGAGGUAAUGUGAUGGUCUGGGGGUGCUUUGGUGGUGGUAAAGUGGGAGAUUUGUACAGGGGAAAAGCGAUCUUGAUGAAGGAAGACUUUCACUCCAUUUUGCAACGCUAUGCCAUACCCUGUGGGCGGCGCUUAAUUGGAGCCAAUUUCCUCCUACAACAGGACAAUGACCCAAAGCACAGCUCCAAACUAUGCAAUAACUAUUUAGGGAAGAAGCAGUCAGCUGGUAUUCUGUCUAUAAUAGAGUGGCCGGCCAGCACGGUCAUUUGAUUUCAACCAUAUUGAGCUGUUGUAGGAGCAGCUUGACCGUAUGGUAUGUAAGAAGCGCCCAUCAAGCCAAUCCAACUUGUGGGAGGUGCUUCAGGAAGUAUGGGGUGAAAUCUCUUCAGAUUACCUCAACAAAUUGACAACUAGAAGCCAAAGCUCUGCACGGCUGUAAUUGCUGCAAAUGGAGGAUUCUUUGAUGAAAGCAAUGUUUGAAGGACACAAUUAUUUCAUUUAAAAAUCAUUGUUUAUAACCUUGUCAACGUCUUGACUAUAUUUCCUAUUCAUUUUGCAACUCAUUUCAUGUAUGUUUUCACGGAAAACAAUGACAUUUCUAAGUGACCCCAAACCUUUGAAGUAACUCACACCUUAUAGUGAGCCUUCAACAGGUUACUAUGGACCAUAGAGCAUGGAGACUCUCCUCAGUGUAUCUGAACAGGCCUAUGUAACACACCUACUUUAUGGAAGCCUUAUGAUGAUGAACAACACUUACCCAGACUCUCAGAACUGUUAAGAUGAUCAACUCCUUGCUGUGUAGACUAUUAUUGAUAAGUAUGUAUUUCUUCUUCCACUUGAACCUGAGCUUCAUAUAUGAUAUCAGACUGAAUGAAAGCACUGUGGCAUGUUUUAUAACCCUUGUUCUAUGUUACUGUCUGGACACCUGUACUGCUGUUACUGAGUGGAUACCUGUACUGCUGUUACUCUGGGUGGAUACCUGUACUGCUGUUACUCUGAGUGGAUACCUGUACUGCUGUUACUCUGAGUGGACACCUGUACUGCUGUUACUGAGUGGAUACCUGUACUGCUGUUACUCUGGGUGGAUACCUGUACUGCUGUUACUCUGGGUGGAUAACUGUACUGCUGUUACUCUGAGUGGAUACCUGUACUGCUGUUACUCUGAGUGGACACCUGUACUGCUGUUACUGAGUGGAUACCUGUACUGCUGUUACUCUGGGUGGAUACCUGUACUGCUGUUACUCUGGGUGGAUAACUGUACUGCUGUUACUCUGAGUGGAUACCUGUACUUCUGUUACUCUGGGUGGAUACCUGUACUGCUGUUACUGAGUGGAUACCUGUACUGCUGUUACUGAGUGGAUACCUGUACUGCUGUUACUCUGGGUGGAUACCUGUACUGCUGUUACUCUGGGUGGAUACCUGUACUGCUGUUACUCUGAGUGGAUACAUGUACUGCUGUUACUGAGUGGAUACAUGUACUGCUGUUACUGAGUGGAUACCUGUACUGCUGUUACUCUGAGUGGAUACCUGUACUGCUGUUACUCUGAGUGGAUACCUGUACUGCUGUUACUCUGAGUGGAUACCUGUACUGCUGUUACUCUGAGUGGAUACCUGUACUGCUGUUACUCUGAGUGGAAGCUGGGAUGGAGGACAUUGACAGAGUAUGAGCAGUAAUGUUGGUUUGUUGAAGAUUUUGAUAAAGUGCUUUGAGCGUGUGUGUGGUUGAGGGUUGGCCAGUGGACAUUGGGUUAAGGUUGAAAGGAAGCACGUCUAACAUUAAAGGAUCUGUGUUCUGUGUUGGAAUGCUUUGAUGCAGAAGAAGACGUCUCCCUGAGUUGGAGCGGGCUCAUCUUCCAUUCAUAUCAUCAUCAGGGUGCAGAUACUACAAUCAAAGACUGAAAGACAAAGCAGCAGAACAGGAAGUAGAGGAAGUGGCUGAGCAGAACAUAGCUGUACACGUGGUGUAGAAUCAUAUUCAUGUGGGAGACCAGAGAGAGGACACUAACCCAGCUCUGUCUCUCCAGGAAGGAACCAUGGAAAGAUGGAGGGAGGAAAGAGGGCUGUGGUUCUGCUGGACUACAUUGUUCUAAAUGGAACAUUGAGACUCAUCCUCCUCUCUUUCUCCUUCCCCUGACUGGACUUCGGAUGGGAUAGUGUCCCUAAUUCAUAUGUCUUUCUCGACACUAAAGCGGUACGGAAUCUUUGCACGGUCAGAACAGACACAGAGGCUUUAUAGAUGCUGUGUUUUUGAUGAGACUGGAUCAGAGAUCCUUAGUUCUGUUGACUGAAGUGGAAUUUGGAAUCAGAACUGACAUUUUAUACAUUAUGUCUUUCUUACUCCGAGGACCGACCUUGUCACUUUGGCUGUUGUGCUAACUAACCAUUGUUUCCCCAGUGUUUUAGGGCAGAGCAGUGCUGUUGUAAUAUAGAAUUGUGAGAAGGUUUUUUACUUUGCUGGUCCUGUCUUAAAUAAAUAUUUUUUGUUGUUUUUUAUUUAAACAAAGGAA